UCCACUACUCACACACACAUAUACCUGCCAAUCCCAUGGAGUGGAUCAGAGGCCGUACCCUCGGCCGAGGCUCUUCCGCCACCGUCUCCCUCGCUAUCAAUCGCCAGUCUGGUGAGGUUUUCGCCGUGAAAUCAGCCGAGCUCUCUAGAUCUGAUUUUUUACUAAGGGAGCAGAGGAUUCUUUCUCUGCUCAACUGUCCUCACAUAAUUGGGUACCUUGGCUACGACGUCACAAAUGAGAAUGGUAACCUCCUACACAAUCUCCUCAUGGAGUAUGUCUCCGGUGGCACCCUCACUGACGCAAUUCGACACCAAGGUGGUCGCCUCCACGAGUCUGUGAUCCGUUCUCACACGCUUGCGAUUCUGCAAGGUUUGGAUUACCUACACUCUCGUGGUCUCGUGCAUUGUGACAUUAAGGGUCGGAAUAUCUUGGUUGGCCAAAAUGGAACCAAAAUUGCAGACUUGGGUUGCGCGAGAUGGGUUGAAGAACAGCCUCCGGCGAUGCCAAUUGCCGGAACCCCUGUUUUCAUGGCACCUGAAGUGGCUCGAGGUGAUGAACAGAGUUUCCCUGCCGACGUGUGGGCUCUUGGUUGUACCGUAAUUGAGAUGGCCACUGGACGUCCUCCUUGGCCGGAUGUUGCAGACCCGGUCUCUGCGCUUCACCGGAUCGCAUUCUCCUCUGAUUUGCCGGAUUUCCCAAGUUUCUUGUCGGAGGUGGCUAAGAACUUUCUGGGCAAGUGCCUUAAGAGAGAUCCAAUGGAUCGGUGGAAGGUUCGUGAGCUUCUUAAGCACCCAUUUCUCGACGGGGGUUGCGACGGACAAUUGAAUUUGAAGCGAAUUCAGAACUCCACCUCUGCAACUUCUCCCAGGAGCAUACUCGAUCAAUGCUUCUGGGACUCAUUGGAGGAGACAGAGACAGAGACACCAGUUCACAUCCCCAACCAAUUGGGAUCGGGUUCUUCUUCAAAUACUCCGUUGGAAAGAAUCCGGCGGUUGAUCGGAGAAAAACCAUCUUCUUCUCCAACCCCAAGGCUACCCGAUUGGACAUGGGACGAAGAUUGGGUCACAGUCAGAAGAAACAACCACGAAGAACAAGUUUUUUCCAUGGGCCAUGAUCAAAUCAUAACACCCACAGACGAACAAGCGGAGACUAGUCGGCCGGUGUAUACAGAUUUGAUUAGUGACGAAGAAGACCUGGAGUUGCUUGGAAGAAUCAGCUCCGUGAUCAAUCAACUACCUAUUCACUACUCUGUAAAUAGAAGAAACUUUAUUAGUACCAGGCAAGGAAGCUUGUCUAUAUCCUGUAAAUACGUUAGAAAUGUAGCUGUAAUUUGCAUUCCCAACUAUGAGGUUCAUGGGGAAAAGAAACUUUUUUACUUUGUUCAAUUUCAAUUCUUUAGUAUGAUUAUGAUCUAAAGCUUUGAAUUGGAUAUAAUUACUAUAGAGGUCAAUCCUCUGUUUCCACUGGGUAGAAGAGUUACACAAGAGACUCGGGUAACAAAGUCAAACCAGUUCUGCAAUUAAAAAACAAGUGUUCCACGGUUAACGAACUGAUCCG